AAAUGGAGGGGUGUGUAUCGAACCUAACGGUAUGCAACCUGGCCUACAACGGGAAGCUGGAGGAGUUGAAGGAGAUCAUCCUGGCCGAUAAAUCUCUGGCUACUCGAACCGAUCAGGAUAACAGAACUGCAUUGCACUGGGCAUGCUCCGCAGGACAUACAGAAAUAGUUGAAUUCUUGCUGCAACUUGGAGUGUCAGUGAAUGAUAAAGAUGAUGCAGGUUGGUCACCUCUUCAUAUUGCUGCUUCUGCUGGCCGAGAUGAGAUCGUAAAAGCCCUUCUGGGAAAAGGUGCUCAAGUAAAUGCUGUCAAUCAAAAUGGCUGUACUCCUCUGCACUAUGCAGCUUCCAAGAACAGGCAUGAGAUUGCCGUCAUGUUACUGGAAGGUGGGGCUAAUCCAGAUGCUAAGGACCAUUUUGAGGCUACAGCAAUGCACCGGGCAGCAGCCAAGGACAUUUAGCCUGUGAUGAAGAGAGAUUGGAAGAAGCAAAACUGUUGGUGUCCCAAGGAGCAAGUAUUUACGUUGAGAACAAAGAAGAAAAGACACCCCUGCAAGUGGCCAAGGGUGGCCUGGGCUUAAUACUCAAGAGAAUGGUAGAAGGUUAAGCAGUUGAAAUUCAUUCGUUGUAUGGUUUAUGGUUUUUCCCAGUGUUCUGGAAACUAAUAUACUUGUGCACAAGACAUCAUUUGUGAAUGAUGUUUCCUCACCUUCAAUGUCUUAGAAACAUGUUGAAUGUUUUUCC